ACGUCUUGUGGAUGCAUUCCAUGCCCUUGUUUUUGGGUGCAACCCCAAUCCUGAAGCUACUGAGGACAGCGGGAGUGACGGUAAUGAGAGUGACGAUCACAGUUACAACAAAGAUGAAAAUGAUGGCAAUCUCCAUGCCGAUGAGGAUGGCGAGGAAGACGAGGAUGAAGUGGAUGAAGAGGAGGAGGGGGGGGAAGAUGAUGAUGAUAUUGACGAUGAGGAGGAUUUGACCGAAAGCACAGAGAACAGGCAGAAGAGGGGAGCUGGUAUGGGAAGGAAGGGCUCGGAGCGGAUAUGCACUGGUGAUGGCACUGGUGGUGGCAGAUGCGGCAGCAGUGCCAGGGCACGACAGCAAGCGCAUGAGCCGAUUGAUCGCAGGGCUCUUCAGCUCUAUUUGACUGCAUGGAUGGCAGAACCAGAAGUCAACAAACGGCGGUAAGUGGGGUACUCGUGCACACAUUCAUCUUCUUCUUCUUUUCUUUUUUUUUAAAUAAUUUGCCCAUUUGGACCAUUUCUCAAUUUGUGCGUGUCAUCCUUGCGCAGGGGCCAUGCUAAUCUAUAUCUUCUCUGUAUCGUUCCAAUUUUAAUGGAUGUCCCGAAGGACGCAUUCAUCUCUUUUUUUAUGUUGUUGUCGUUCAGGUUUUUUUUUUUUUUUUUUUUUUUUUUUUUUUUUUUUUUUUUUUUUUUUUUUUUUUUUUUUUUUUUUUUUUUUUUUUUUUUUCCCCACCUCCCCCCCCCCCCUUCUUUUUUCCUCCCCAACCCCCGAAAAAGGUCUUUUUUCCCCCCCUCCCCCCCCCCCCCCCCCCCCCCGGAAACAAAAAACAAACGAAUCU